UUUUAACCUUUUCCACACUGGGCCCUACGCACCGCCUGCCUCCAUGCCUUAUCUUCUUCCCCAGUGAGCUCCACCACUCAUUUGCCCCCAUCUCCACGAACACAUCCUCCUCUACUCGUGUAAUCCCGUUCCUCCGCUGAUCACCAAAACAACAAAAUCCGCCGCUCUGGUGGCUAGGAAUCGCACCGGUCUGAAGGGAGGGGCACGGGGUACUGCUACGGGAGUCGGGGGCGGACGUCGACCGUGGGGAUGGUAGAGAUGGCGGCCAGCGAGAUGCAACAGGCCAACCGGCGAGGCUGAUGGUGGUCCACGGCGGCGCUGUCCGCCAUGAUUUUGCUGUAAAUUGAGGGACAGUGGUGCCGCCGCCCAUGGCAUGAUCUUUUGCUACAUCAAAUUUUUUGGCCGGAAGCACUUUUGAUUUGUGCUGGAACCAACCUUUAAUUUUGCUGCAUAGGCAGGAUUUUUUGCUACAUCAAAAUUUUGGCUGGAAGCACUUAUGAUUUUUGCUGGGAAUCAAUAUUUGAUUUUGCUGCAUACACAUGAUCUUUUGGUACAUCAAAUUUUUGGCUGGGAGCACUUCUGAUUUUUGCUGGAACUAGUAUUUGAUUUUGCUGCAUAGGCUAGAAAUGGUGCUGGGGCGGUGAUAGACAAUAGAGCUGGAACCAGCAAGUUUUUUUGCUACAACCAGCCAAAGCAGAGCUGGAACCGGUGAGAUUUUUAGUUUGCGGGCAUCGGCGCAGUGCAUUUUUUGCUGGAACCGUGAUACUAUUUUGCUGGAACAGUUUUUGGUUUUUGCUACCACUAGGGAAAUCCCCUUUCCUGUUCGUUGAGCUUUUUGUGCUGAAAUACGAUGGUGGAAGCCGAUGUCGGCGGCGAGUAGAGACGGUGGCGGUGGGAGGUGCUGCAACCACGACACGAGUUGUUGGAACCAGACGAUAAAGAGCUCCAAACGACAAAAUCUUGAAUCUUCCUAGGUAGCCCUGCAAUCCCAGCGGCAUGCGGCGAGAGGCGGCAAGCGGCAGCGCGGCGGUGCACGCGACGGCGCUACAAUGGGAACAUGAGGAGAUGAGGCGGGGCCGUCGGUGCGAGCGGGGCGGCGCUCUUUUCCUCUCCUUUUUUCCUGUGCGGGUGGUUGGCGAAGGGAAGGACAGGGGACAGAUCUGACGGCUGCGCAAGCGCAGAUCGGACGCUUGCGAUGCGUCCGGCCGAAACUUUCAGCCGGCGCACCGGCGCCCAGUACCGCCCUUUUAUAAUAGCUAUUUCUGUAUUUGCACUUCGGUUUCCAUACACACGCAUAUACAUCUCACUUGUGGUUCGCUAUAAAUAUGCAAUACCUAUGUACAAGUAAACCCUUCCAUUGCACCACUGAUUUGCAUUCCUACCUAGACCUCAUGUAGUCAGAUUAACCCCAACCAGCAGGCUACCCUAGGCUACCAUGGCUUGCAAAGAUCUUCGCCAUGGCCAUGUCCCUGCUAAUCUUGGCAACCCUCCUUGCGUCUUCCAGGAACUGGGCAUAGAAUUAUAUGCACAUUAGUUCAAAGUAAUAAUCAAACUUUAAGAUAGUUACAAGGUUUUUUAAUUUAAUUGAAAACUACGUAGGUGUAGACAAUCAAGCCACAAACGAACUACAAGGUGCACCUGGCCAAGCAUCCGUAUUGCAUCUGUUAAACACAAUGUUAUGAGGCUGUUGGGCCGAAUAGCUUGUAUAUCACGUUGGAGUAGUUAGGUAGAUAUUGGUGUUGUAUCUCCUUCUAUCUCCUCUUUAAUAUCUCCUGUAAAAUCUCUUGUUGGUUAGAUAAGACUCUGCCAAUCUUGUAACCCAAGCCAUCUAUCAAUAUAUACUCAUGCGGCUCCCCUGUUGGGAGUAGGAACGCUUACCCAAUUUUCACAUGGUAUACAGAGCAACCUCUUCCGCCACAUCUAGUUCGAUCUGCCUGCGCCAAGAACCCUAGCCACCUUCCUCCAACCUGCGCCAAAACCCUGGCCUACUUUCCUUCCAUCAGCCAUGUCUUCUUCUUCCUCCACCACCAACUCUAGCCUCAACUACAACACCUCCGAACCACUUACCCGAACCAAUUACAUCCUAUGGCGCGCACAGGCAAGAUCACAGAUCAUGGGUGCCGGCCUCUUCGGCUACCUAGAUCAAACCAUUGAAGAACCACAAAAAACUCUCACCACCAAAAACGCCGAAGGGAAGGAUCAGGUUGUCGUGAACCCUGCCUACUCCCAAUGGCUCAUCCAAGACCAACAGAUCGUUGCUUACCUCCUCAAAAACCUAUCCAAAGAAGUUCUUGUCCAGGUUGCUUCGCUUGAGAAAUCACAUGCGAUAUGGGCCGCGCUUGGGAACAUGUUCUCGGCCAUGUCUCUCUCGCGCGCCAACAACAUACGGGUCGCCCUCACCAACACCCAGAAGGGCUCCCAGACGGCGCCUGCAUAUUUUGGUCAUAUGCGGGCCCUCUCUGACGAGCUUGCGGCGGCGGGCAAGCCGAUCGUCGAGGAUGAACUGCUCUCCUUCAUCAUCGCCGGGUUGGACAUGGAGUACCAGCCCAUCAUCUCGGCGCUUGAUGCGCGAACAGAACCGCUCUCCGUCGACAUCCUCUUCUCCAUGGUGGCAAAUUUUGAUCAGCGAGUCGAGAUGUUCCAUGGUACAAACGCCGGAUUCUUCAAAUCAUCGGCGAACGCUGCAUCUUGUGGUUGCCAGGGAAACACCAAAAACUACCAAAACCAGCGGAGUGGUGGAGGUGGUGGUGGAUCCCGUGGUGGUGGCGGCCAGUACGGAGGCGGCGGUGGGCAGUACGCUGGUGGCGGUGGCUACCACAACGGCGGCAACAACCAGGGCGAUAGCGGCGGCUACCACCCAAACAACAGUGGUGACGGCGGCUACCCUGGCGGCGGCGGCUACCACAAUGGUGGUGGUGGCGGCUAUCCUGGUGCAGGUGGCGGCUACUACCAGGGCAACCCUCGCGGUGGAAACAACAGGCGCCCCCCGGCAACAACAAUCGGGGGCGCAAUUUUCAGGGCUACGAGGGAUAUGAAGGGAAGUGCCAGAUCUGUAAAAAGACAAACCACAUAGCUGAAGAUUGUGAUUGGCGCUACGCUGAUGACAAUUCUCAAAAGAAAAAGGUUGCAGCCGCUGCUGACAUGUCAUAUGGUGUAGAUACAAAUUGGUAUAUGGAUACAGGUGCCACCAACCACAUCACUGGCGAGCUGGACAAGCUGACGAUGCAUGAAAAGUACCGUGGCAAUGACCAAAUCUACACAGCUGCAAAUGGCCCAGGUAUGGAACUUAGUCACAUUGGUAAAUCAAUAAUUGAAACCCCACACACAAAUCUUGAACUCAAUGACAUUCUGCAUGUUCCUAAUGCCGCUAAGAAUCUCCUAUCUGUUCAUCGCAUUGCUCUUGAUAAUAAUGUGUUUCUAGAGUUUUACCCUUUCUUCUUUUUGAUCAAGGAUCAGGUCACGAAGAGGGCUCUACUCGUUGCUUCCCAAGUAUUGCAAAUUCAAUAAACAAGUCUAUGGUGCCAUCAAGCUUUCUGCUGAGAGGUGUCAUAGCCGAUUAGGUCAUCCAUCCUUUGCUAUUGUUCAUCAAAUUCUUAGUAGGAAUAAACUCCCAGUUGUUGGUGAGAGAAAUCUAGAAACUAUUUGUGAUUCGUGCCAAAAAGCAAAAAGUCAUCAACUACCAUAUCCUGUCUCUACUAGUGUGUCUACAAAACCCUUGCAACUUAUUUUCUCUGAUGUUUGGGGCCCAGCAUCCACUUCUGUUGGUAGACACUCUUAUUAUGUGAGCUUUAUUGAUGAUUUUAGCAAAUAUACUUGGAUAUAUCUUCUCAAAAAGCGUUCAGAUGUGUUUCAAGUUUUUCACAACUUUCAAGCCCUCGUUGAACGCAAGUUUGAUUGCAAAAUCAUUGCCAUGCAAUCAGACUGGGGUGGUGAGUAUGAAUAAUUGAAUUCUUUCUUUCAACAAAUAGGCAUAUCUCACCAUGUGUCAUGCCCUCACGCACACUAACAAAAUGGCUCUGCUG